ACCGGCGUGGGUAGGCGCGGCGACCCGCAGGGCCAGGUGCAGCGCCUGCGAGUCCGGGGUCGCCGUGGCCCGGGAGGAUCGUCUGGUCUCGGGCCCGCCUGUGCCGUCCCCGCGCCCUGUCCCCGGGACGCCGAGACCCUCGGAACCCAGGUUUUGCCUUACACAGUCACCCUGUCUUCUGAUCUUGACCUCAGCCAGGACUACCCCCAGCAUGCUAUGGACUUAAGGGACCCCUAGGUUAAAUGAUCUCUGAAUACCCUCCCAAUGGUCAUCCUCAGGACAGGGGAGACCGUUUUCUCUUCCCAGCCUGUUUCAUGAAUGUGGACUGUGUGAAUGAAGAGUCAACAGGGAAGCAGCACAGCACCAACUAGGCAGAGACGCCCCCAGGCCAUGACAGCUCUUUGAGUGAGGUCUGGUAACAGGGAGGUGCUCUCACCCACUGGCCUGUCUAAUCCAGCUCCAAGAUGCUGAGCCUGAAGCUCCCCAGGCUGUUUAGCAUAGACCAGAUGCCCCAGGUGUUCCAUGAGCAAGGCAUCCUGUUUGGCUACCGUCAUCCACAGAGUUCUGCCAUGGCCUGCAUCCUCAGUCUUUUCCAAAUGACCAAUGAGACUCUCAACAUUUGGACUCACUUGCUGCCUUUCUGGUUCUUUGCGUGGAGGUUUGUGACUGCACUGUACGUGACAGACAUCAAGAAUGACAGCUACUCCUGGCCCAUGCUUGUGUACAUGUGCACCAGCUGCGUGUACCCACUCGUGUCCAGCUGUGCACACACCUUCAGCUCUAUGUCCAAGAAUGCCCGUCACAUAUGCUACUUCCUGGACUAUGGCGCUGUCAACCUCUUCAGCCUGGGAUCGGCCAUUGCCUACUCUGCAUACACCUUCCCGGACGCGCUGGUGUGCACCACCUUCCAUGACUACUACGUGGCUCUGGCUGUGCUGAACGCCACCCUCAGCACAGGACUCUCCUGCUACUCCAGGUUUCUUGAAAUCCAGAAGCCCAGACUCUGUAAGGUGAUUCGUGUCCUCGCCUUUGCUUAUCCCUACACCUGGGACUCCCUCCCCAUCUUCUACAGGCUAUUCCUGUUCUCAGGGGAGAGUGCACAGAAUGAAGCCACCUUGUACCACCAGAAGCACGUGAUCAUGACCCUCCUGGCCUCUUUCUUGUACUCUGCGCACCUGCCAGAGCGCCUAGCCCCGGGACGCUUUGACUACAUCGGUCACAGUCACCAGCUAUUUCAUGUGUGUGUGAUCCUGGCCACGCACCUGCAGAUGGAAGCCAUACUUCUGGACAAGACUCUGAGGAAGGAAUGGCUCCUGGCCACCUCCAAGCCCUUCUCUUUCUCUCAGAUAGCUGGAGCCAUACUUCUGUGCAUCAUCUUCAGCCUCAGCAACAUAAUUUAUUUCUCUGCUGCUCUGUAUCGGACUCCUGAGCCAGAAUUACGUAAAAAAGAAACAUGAUUCAGACCAUAAGCUUUUCAUGCCAGAUGUCAACAUUAAGCUGCAACACCUUAACCACCAUAAGCCGGAGGUGGUUACAGCUUAUAAUGGCCUAAAAUAUUCAUAACGGUUGGUGUCUUUUGUGUCUUUUGAAUGAAUUCAUUUCAAAAAGGUAUUCAGCUAGAGAACAUUCUCUAAAUGUAUACUGAUUCUGUGUGUGUGAUUUUAAAAGGAGAACAUGGUUCAAGCAAGUCCUUGUUAAAGCAAACUAUUGACAUUUCGUUAAUUUUAAAAUUACUGAAAAUGGGGUUUUUAAUUCUGUUUAAACAAUUGGAUUAAGCAUAUCACCCUGGAGCUUUGCAUUACUCUUUAAAAAGGAAUCUUUCUUCAUUUGAUAAAUUUCAUGUAGCGAAGCUUCUCUCAAGAGCUCUCGCAGUGGCCUGUCAACUACUGUGGGAGAUUGAGCUAGGUCAGUCACUAGGAGGAUCUGUGGAAGGAAGUUGGUCACUGAGAGCCUUGGGGACUGGGAAAACAUUCCAGAAUGAAGAGACCUGUUUGGGGAGGGGUCUUCUUUCCUUCUUCACCUAGUGAAGGGCGAACAGAAGGAGAGUCUUCUCUUCCCACAAGUCCAUUCUGUCUUCAAGGUGCAAGUUCUCAUGUCAUCAUGGAUUUGGAGUUUGUCACUUUUUUUUUUCUUAAAAGUCCACCGUGGGGUGUCAUGUGUUCUGUUAUGCUCUGUUUUCUGGUUGCCAGUUUGAUCUGCAAAGUAUUAUUUGGAGCAGGUAAAAUGUGUUAAACUAUAAGAGUUGGCUGAGUUAAUCCCAAUUAGUUGUGCUCAUCUGCCACCUUUUCAAUCAAUGGAAAUUGCUAUAUUUGGGGAUGUCAUACAUUUGAUAUUGCUUCAGCAUUUCAAAUAUGCUGCAAAAUUUAGUAUCCAUGCGCAUAGGAUGUUAAUGUCCUUGCCAGUGGGGUGGUCACAUAUAGUGUUCUGAAGCUUUACAGGGAACCAGAAACAUCCAGUAAUCUUGUAACAGAUGUGGACUCCUGGGGAAAACCAGGGUGUUCUGCUUCACUAGGCUAAAUGUAGGUUUUGUAGAGGAGAGCUGCACUGGAGCAAGGCUCCCAGGUGAUCCUAAUGCAGGAGGGCCACAGGCCAAACUUGAAGAACUGCUAGUGUUACACGUUCCAGAAAAUAUUGGACCUCUCAGCCUUGUUUUGCCUGAUCUCAAGUUUUAGCAACUCGCCAACAAAGGUGUAAGCCCCAUUUUAUGUUCCAGAGUUUUCUACUCUGAAUAGUUCUGAAACACGGAGCAUUUUCUCAUUUUUUGCAUUACUGAUUAAAGUUCAGUAUUUCAUGGUGUUUCCAGGGAACACAGAAAUGCCGGUGCAAGACAACUUUUGACAGAGGCCCGUCAAAGCCUGUUCUGCACUUGGUAAUGACUUAGGGGGCCUUCCUCAAAUUGCAGGAUCCUCUUUGCUGACUCAGGAAUACCCUAUGUCUUAGACUACUGCCUCUACCAUUAACUAGCCCAGACAUUUGAAUGGCCUUGUAAGUAGCUCACUGUCUAAUCCUCUAAGGACAAGUAACAAUUUAUAUUGGAUGAGAGUGGUCAAGAAAUAUGAUUUUAUUAGUUUUAUUAUUUGUUUACUUCCUCUGGGGAAGACAGACUGAUAAAAUUAUACGGGCUGGUAAAUUUUUGGCACAUUAAUUGCAAGCUGCAUGACAAAAUUUGUUUUUUUUGGCAACAACCUGCCAUUUUUAGUGGAAUUCCACAACAGCAGGGUCUGUGGGCUUCCAGUUCAUCUUACUGCAACUUCAAGUUUAUGGCAAAAACAGCUCAAAGUUUAAAUUCCCCUUUCUAUGAAUGCCAAAAACAUGCAGUGUUUUUAAUUCUCUCCUUUAUAGAUAACAAAAUAAUGUUUAGCUCAGUAAAAAUUGAAAUAAUGAGUGAUCAAUCUGAA